GGAAUGCCGGGUCGCGUCUCGCGCGCUUUUCUAGGCUGCUGCGUUUCAGCUGCGGCAAUUUCUGCACGCGCCUUGGGAGACGUACAUGUGGGUGUUUUGCCCAGGUCGGUCAGGAUCUGCGUUUCCUGCGGCACGGGCCUUUGGAAAAGGGGUGAGAGGUCGCCGACAGAUGCAUGCGUCUGGCUCUGUUCUUGCGAGAUGUGACUUCUACAUGGCAGCAUGCUGUGGCCACCGCUGAGAAUAGAGAUUCUCGGGAUGCAGCAGUCUGGCAAAACACACCGGGAGUACAGAAUGGCAACAGAAGAGCCCGCUAAUUAAACAAGACGAUUAAAUGCAAGAAUGAGUCGCAUAUUGAGUUGCUUGAGAUGAAAUCGGGCAUCCAGUUUUCCCCGGGACUCGAUUUAAUAACUGCUAAACCAGGAACAAAGAUGGAGUACUGCACAGAAGAGCCACGGUACACUAUUGAACAAAUUGACCUCCUGCAACGUCUCCGACUUACUGGUAUGACCAAACCACAAAUUAUCCAUGCAUUGGACUCAUUGGAAAGACUCAGUAAAGACCAUAGUUACAAGUUCCAGCAACAACCACCAACCCAGUGUUGCACAAGAUUUAAAAGUGCAUGUACAAUAUCGUCACCCCAUCUUAUUACAGCAGCAACACAGACACACAGCAUUGCGGACUCCCUGUCACAGAGGCACUGUUUUGAGUUCUUGGCCCCCAACCUUUAUCCCACCAAUGGCAGCCACAAGUCUCUUGGUUACGACCUUGGGGAGGAAGAGUGGGAUAUAGAAGUAAAAGUGGAAGAUUACAUGAGAAGAGACAGCAAUGUUGUGAAAGAGGAGAUCAAGGUAUUUUUGAACAACAGAAGGAUUUCACAGGCCAUUGUUGGACAGGUUACAGGUAUCAGCCAGAGCUAUAUUUCCCAGUGGCUGUUGCAGCAGGGCCUGGAAAUGAGUGAUGCCAAGAAGAGAGCUUUCUAUCGUUGGUACUUGCUUGAGCGGAACCGUCCAGGGGCUACAUUGUCUCUUCGUCCUCUUUGUGGAGCCUUGAAAGAAGAGCCAGAGUGGAGGACAAGUGGGAGUCCUGCUGGGGGAGGAACCUCACUGAGAAUGCGUAGAGGCAGCCGAUUCACUUGGAGGAAGGAGUGCCUCGUUGUCAUGGAGAGGUUCUUUGCAGAUAAUCAGUACCCAGAUGAAUCACGGCGUGAGGAGAUAGCAGAAGUGUGCAACACUGUUAUUGAAAAAACAGGCUCCAAAUUGUCAGAAUUUGAACGAGUUACAGCUCUUAAAGUGUAUAAUUGGUUUGCAAAUCGUAGAAAGGAGAUGAAGAGAAGAGCAAACAUUGAGGCUGCCAUUCUGGAGAGUCAUGGUAUUGAUGCUCACAGUCCCAGCUGCCAGUCAAAUGAAGAAGAAAUUAAUGGCACUGACUUUGGAGAUCAAGCAGAGGAAGAAGAUAUAACAGAGUGUGAGUCUCAACAGCAACCAGUCUUGAUCCAUCCGGAUACAGCAGUACAUAGUUCAGCAGUACAACAGGCCAAACAACAUGGUGAACAGCUUAAAAGAGAAGAUGCUGAUGAGAAGUGAAUAUCAGGUGAAUUCCAGUGUAGAGGUCACAAGUUCAAUGUCUGACAGGAAAAGUUAAAAUAAAUAAAUAAAUAAAUAAAUAAUAAUCCUUACAUUCCAAAAGUAUAUUCAACAAUACACUGGGAAAGUGAAGGAAGUUCAAGGUUUGCCUAUAAGCAAGCCUAAGUAACUAUUUUGUAGGGCAACAUCUUAGGGCCUAUUUUAUAGGACAAUAUAACUUUUUAGUUUACUGGAAUAGCAUAUGAAUUUGCAGAAUGACCUGUAAAAACGGUCAGGACCUUUUAUUCAAAUGAGAUUUAAGCAGUCAUUCACUUAGACAUAUGCAUUCAGACUCAUCUGUUUUGAAUUCUAAGUAGUCUGGUACAAUGUGUUACAGUAAUGUUGCUAUACUACUAAAUUAAUUUUUUAAACAUUAGCUCUGAUAGUGUGCUUCAAAAACACAUUUUAAUGGUAAGUUAGAAUAGAUGAAACCCCAAAAUAUAUGUUGGAAAUUAUGUUUAAAUUUUGAUGUAUCCAUUAUACACAAUCCAGUGAGACAAAGAUCUAAUAUAAAGUGUAUACAUGUCUUGCCUUGACAGAUAAGGGGACUGCACCCUAGGAGGACUUUUUUCUGGAGUGCUGUUAUUGACCACCAUAUUCUAUAUAAUGUACUAUACAUAUACAGUAUAUGCCUGUACUAUAAAUUGUCUGACAUACUACAAGUAAAAUUCAGGAUACAUAUCAGCCCUCUGUCAUUAAAUUCUGCAACCGAUCCGAGAUGUUUAUGCAUUGUAAAGUUCUGGGAUGCGAGUUAUUUGUUACAGCAAUGUUAAUUGUAACUGUACCUCAACUUUUCCACUUCAUAACUUAUUCAGACACCCCAGAACCAGACUUCAGUAAACUAGUCUUGAAUCUAGUGCCUUUUAGACUGAAGACUGUUAAAACAUUUUGACUGAUAAUCAUUGUCACCAAUAAAUGUAGCUGUGUGUGUAUAUAUAUAUAUAUAUAAUCUUGUAUUUUAGCAGUCUGAAUAAACUGAUGUUAUCCUUUUUA